AUGCUGUUCAAGUACAUCGCGGCCGUGGCCCCCUUCCUCGCGGGUACAUGCCUCGCGCAGACCACCACGACGACGGCGCCCCCGACUGCUCCCACCUGCGCGUACAAGGGCUGGGGCACCGGCGUGGACAUCGGCUUUUACGGUGACCCCCUGUCGGCCACCAACGCGGCCUGCAACUCCCUCUGCAAUGCCAACACGGCCUGCCUGAGUUUCUCCUACAACACUGCCGGGCCCAAUUGUAUUCUGUACGAAUAUGCCGUUGAGGGCAAUGUCGUGUACGACCCGAACUCCCCCAACAACUUCUUCAACCGGGGCAAUGUGUGCCCUGAAGUGCCCACCCCAACCACCAUCAGCACCACCACGCGCCCGAUUCCCACCGCGGCGCCGACGUGUACCGGCUUCGUCGGCUGGGACACGGGCACCAACAUCGGUUUCUACCCGGACGCGUACUCGUCCUCGUACGGCGGCUGUCUGGAGCUCUGCGGAGCCAACGAGGCCUGCCUGAGCUUUGGCCUCACCUCCGCGCCGGCGUGCAUCCUGUACGACCACGCCGUCGAGGGCGUCAACGUCUACGACCCGAACUCGGGCAACACCUUCUACAACAAGGACGGCAGCUGCCCCGCCACGCCCACGUCCACCGCUCCCCCGGUGCCGACGCAGACGGGGCUCUUCCCGAACUGCCCAGCGGGUAUUGUGCCGUACAAUAUCAACACGGGUGCGACGCCGUACAGCCCCUGCAACUCGGCAUCGCCCUACUCGUCGUGCCAGUCAGACGUCGACGGCACCGAGUACUGCAACAUGUGUCUCAGCUGCACCGAGCAGACUUGCACCAGUGACGCAGACUGUGGCGAGGGCUUCGCCUGUAUUGAGAACUCGGCGUGUGCUGUCAGCGGGGCCGCGGUUGGCACGCCUGUGUGUCUUUACAUGCUGGCUGGGGGAGCGGCGCAGGGCUGCUACGCUUGA